AUGGGCAAGUACAACCUGCUGUUGAACAUGGUUCGUCUGAUCAACGCGAAUCCACUGCUAAUGCUUUACUGUCCACAGAGUCGUCCGAGUACAGAUGCACAAAAGGCUACGUUUGAAUUGAUGAAUGGUCUCAUGUCUCUAAUUCAACAAUCUACCAUGACCGAACUAGCUCAAGAGGCCAUGGAUGCCUUACUGUGUCUGCAUCAGCCGGCCAAUAUCCGCUUGUGGAACCUACACUCACCAGCUCAAGCCUUUUGGGAGAUCAGCAUCGCCCAGAAACUGAUCAACCGGAACAUACCCAACUCUUGCGAUGUGCUGAAGUGGCUGCGCGAGAUCCUCAUUUGCCGAGUUAAUUUCCUACAACAAAACUGUGACUGCAUCAACUUCCCUGGCUCGGCACCUGGAGCGAAUAAAAGUGAUACGCCUACUUCCGGUGGUGAUGCUGGCUUUUCUCUCACUGAACCAAACAUCCCACCUUGUACCAAAACUUCUCCUGUGAUGCAGGCUACAUCUUGCGGUGCAGCUGCAACUAGCGCUGAAGUUCCGUCCAAGCAGAGCGGGCCAGACACAGCUGGAAUCUCCUCUCAGUCGGCGUCCACAACUGAGUUAAAUCCCCUUCUCGGACCACUUAGUGUGAAUUCCAAGCGCAACCGUAUGGCUCUGAUCAAAUUGGAAACCGUAUUUUUCACCUAUCUGUGGUCACUAGACUUAGAGGCCGUACUUACAUCCAUGUCCUGCUUUCGCCUCCUGUGUCAGGAAGCAGAACUUUGGAGCAAUGCUGCCGCGGCUGCCGUAUUUGCUUCUCUAUCUGACGCUGACAGGAGUGCUUUACUUGGAUGUGACUUUUGUCCUUCAUUGUCGUUUCCACGCUCUGGAUUUUCAGACUGGGACAGUAAGAGUGGCCUGGUACAAUCAAACUCUGGAUUAACUUCAGGGUCCGCUGAUGUGGAAGUAAAAACUAAUGAUUUGUUAAGACAGUUCUCUCCACCACAAAUGUCUGACAAGCUUUCGGCCACGUUUUCCUAUGCAUCACCUCGAAGUUCUCAACGUGGAAUUCGACAAACAGACAGUGGACGAAAUCGGGGCCAAUCUUCCGGACCCUGUAUCGCUUUGUGUAGUUGUGGUUGUCCUUUGUGCACCCCGUCCUAUUUACCCGUUUGUACGCCUGGAGAGGACCAUUCAGGGACCGACAGCUUUCUGCGAGACGUAACUUUUUGCAGCACAGACAACGAUAACAAAGAUUAUCUGUUUCCAAGCUGCUCUGAUGGGUCCUCCGCAUCUCCAACCCACUCAGCACUCGGCAAAACUGGGACUUGUUUUCCGACAAUGGCACAGCUGCCCUUCACCGAAUGCGGGUUACCAGAUCUCCUACCUGUAUACAGUGUGUAUGCUGAGAUUGCGGAUCACAGCCGGUCGAUUGUUACCACUGGUCGUGCGCAUCUCCAGAAGCAAAUAUGGUGUCUACUACGAAAAGUCAAUCACCAGACUCAGGGAAACAAACUUUCUUGGGAGCACACCUAUAUGAUUUGGUUGCGAAGCACAAAGUUCCUCAUAAACUACCCAAAAUCAAAAGUUUCUGGAUCCGCUUCAACAACUGAUGAUAGCUGCUACGAUGUAGCCACCAACCACCCAACAUCGAGUGUCGGUACUUCUAGUCUGAGCUCAAAUGUUGGGUCAAGUGGAGUUCUCGGUGAUUCUUCGUCAAUCGCGACUGAACUGGAUUCAAUAACCAUUCCCGCUGAAUAUACCAGGGAAGGUAGUGCCCCGGUUUCUGGUGCCACAGGCAGCUUGUAUGCGAGUGCAGCUUCAUUGUUAGGUAGCGCUGGAAUCGGGCUUGUGGGUUCUUCGAUGAACGGAUAUUCUGGUGCGAGUGUGUCGAACACAACUCGGUACUUGGCGGUCAAACGUCGCGUGAGUCAGCAAUCUACCGCUACUGAUCACGAAAUUGAGGAUGUCCUGAACGAAUGGGCCAACAUGACAGGAUUUUUAUGCGCUCUAGGCUCGGUGGCUCUGAGUUCGACUUCGACUCAGCCUUCAAAUCUCUCUGUCCCUCCUGUGAAUAGCAGUCACUAUUGCGUCCAUUGUCAUUGCCGCUACUUUUCUGAUUUUGGACUUCGUCCUGCUUCUCGGUCCCCACGCGGAGACGAAUCCCAAUCCGCCUGUGGUCCUCAAGAGUCUGAGCGGCCCGUUGAGAACCUAACAAUAACUAUGGCGAACAACAUUGUCGACAAACCUAUGAUCAACUCCAGCGCAAACAUUCAUGAGACCUGUAGACUUCCUUCUCCGACAGCUGCAAGCCCUAGUUUGGGUGCACAACAUUCCUCGAAUGUUCACAGACUCACGAGAGACUUUUCGGCUAUGACAUGUCUACAGCAACAGAUCCCAAAUUCACAGUCACCUCACUCGACUGAUGCAGUUAGUCGUAGCAUGGGAUCGGGAAUGUCCUCUCCGUCCAAAGCUCAAAAAACCCCACUCACUGCUGAUGGAACACGACUUGCCGCAUGUCCCCACUUGCGUCCCUGUCUCCAUCAAAAUCCCUAUGCGAGUGGUGGCCUGUUCAAUAGAAUGUGUGCAAAUGCCGUGCUGGAAGAGUUUUCUCGAGGUUCAAAAUCCUGCCCAGUCUACAGCUUGGGUGGUGUAGAAGGUUCUAGCCGCCGCACAUCACUGGUACAGCCUCCAAGCUGUAAUCAAGAGCAUCAUUUCUCACCCGUCGCACAAUACAUCGGCAAUCUGCUCCUACUUAUCAGCUGUCAGCAUGAAAAAUUUGGACACAAAAUUCAGAAGCACGUGAAAGAAGCCAUUGGGAACGAGCUCAAUCCACUGAUCUACCCUAUCCUGUUCAGUCAACUUCGCGCGCAUGUUGACGCAUGUUUCUCUGGUCAGGGUCAGCAGCAAGUGGUCGUGACUGAAACGAAUACCUUGUUCAUCGAGAAUGUGAUUUUCAUUAUGCGCAGCAUAUUGGACAAGCAGAGUGGCAAAUCGCUUGAUCGACUGAACGGACAUCUGGAGGCGGUUAGCAUUGAAAGUCUGAUGCUCAACAUUGUCCGGUAUGUUCGUCAUCUCGAAUGUGUUCAUUCGCUUCAAAUCAAAAUCAAAGUUUGUCAGCUAGUCCAAAAGAUGAUGGCGAGAAGGGAAGAUCUGUCGUUCAGACAGGAAAUGCGGUUUCGGAACAAACUGGUUGACUACUUGUGUGAUUGGGUUAUGGGUAGUAGCUACCACCUUAAUCUAGCCACACCGUCGAACUAUCCUUCCCACCUCACUCCAGCUGCCACUGGGCCCUCUCAACCUCUCGUGGUCGGUUCUUCAGGGCAAGCAUCAACCUUUACGGGGUCUUCUGGCUCUGUUACCGGCGCGGCUGGUACGCACGGACAGUUCACACUGGUUGGUCCUGGUGGGUGCGUUUUAUCAGGUGUGAAUAUACACGGUUUGGCGGGAGUGUCGGGCAGCAUUGGAUCUGGUUGCAACCUGGUUCUAACAGGAUCAAUCCCAAAUAUCCCAACUACAGUGCACACUGGCAUCGCUUCACCGAUCAUCUCCGGGACACCGUUGGUCAGUAUUCCGUUGCACAUUGAAACUCUGGGUCUGCCAUAUGGCAUGAAUUCUGUGCACACUACGGAACAAGGAACGUCAAUCCCUCCGAACGCCUUUAACGUCGACAACUAUGGUCGUGCUUUUGGUUCUGGACAUCAAUUGAUAGAGUCCACAUCUGUUUCCAUUACAAACCAAGUUGCUCCAGCCCAAGGUCCAUUGGCUGGUACAUCAGCUGGUCAAACGGGUUUUCUUCUCCUGAUGAACUCAAACAGUGCCGUGGAUGCACUCAGUAUGGCUUCAGAUGGUCAUACUACCGGUGCGCUUGGAACCAUUUCUGUUAGUGGACAACUUGGACCAUUACCCGUUUCUUCCGUCUCCUCGACCACGAGUUUCGGUGGUGAUGGUGGCGGAGCAGUGGCACAAUCUCUCGGUCUGGUUAGCGCGGUGGGGAACGCCGGAAAGUUGCACACACUACCAUUACUUGCCGGAAGUAUUGGUGCUUCCACUGCUGGCCACAUAAAUGUCCUGCCACAAACCCAGGGUGUGGGAUCAGGUGCACCCUGUCCAUCGACGAUCAGCGCCGGAAGUGGUCCGAGUUCAGAACCAAGUCCAGGCAUACAGGCAGCUGGCUCCAGUGCUUCCAUUUCAGUGAACGCACAGGCUAGUGGGUCAGUCUAUGGUUCGACUUGUGGGGCUGGAUCAGCACCAGGUGGUACCACUGGCUUGACGAGUCAAGCCGCGAUGCAGACCAGAGAAUUGGAUCUGGCUUGUAUGGAAGCUGUUGCAGCCCUUCUACAAGGCAUGCCAUUGCAACCAGAAGAGGUAGAUCGUGGAGAUUUGAUGGACGCUAAAUCUCAUCUUUUUGCUAAGUACUUCACGCUGUUCAUGAACUUGCUUAACGACGUUGCUGAUGAUCGUGAGAAACGUGCAGAAGUCAGACAGAAUAAUACUGCACUACGAAACGUUACAGUACAAGCCAUGUCAAACCUACUGAAUGCGAAUAUCGAAUCUGGCCUUGUGCACGCAAUUGGUGAGCAUAGACCCCUUGGUAGUUUUUCAACUGUUCACUUCAAGGGCCUGGGUUAUCAUCGGGACCCUCAAAGCAGGGCAGCCUUUAUGGAGGUACUGACAAAAAUUCUGCAACAGGGCACGGAGUUUGAGACGCUUGCCGAGACGGCACUUGCUGAGCGAUACGAAAGACUCAUUGGACUGAUAACAAUGGUCGGUGAAAAUGGAGAGCUUCCUAUCGCAAUGGCACUAACGCAGGUCGUGCAAGGCACCAGUAUGCUCGAGGCGGCAGACAGCACGCAUACUCUCUUACGAGGCAAUUCCAUGAGCAGCAAAAUUAUGAACUACUGUUUCAAACAUUUCGGACACGACUUUUUGCAAUCCGCCUUGGGUCCAGCUCUGAUGGAGUUGGUUCGACGCGAUGCCGGAGGAUCCAACAGUCUUCCUGAAAUGACCAGCUUCGACAUGGUCCCAAACAACGUUCGCACAAUCAGUGUAGAAUCUGAUAACCUUAGUGCCGAUAGAACCGGCACAAAUAAGCCAUCUUAUGAGGUCGAUCCGAGGCGCUUACAACUCGGAGAGAAUCUUGAGGAGAAUCAGAAAAAUUUGAUAUACGCGACUGAAUUGCUGUACGGAAGGCUUAUAUCGUCAAUCGACAGUUUCCCCGCUGCCUUGCGAAUACUGUGCAACUGUCUUUACAAAUUGAUCAGUCAUUACUGUUGCACCCCGGACAAAUCGGAUCAAGCGGCUACAGUCCUAUCCACAAUUGUCUUCCUACGUUUUAUCAAUCCGGCUGUCGUGUCACCAUGCGAGAAUGGAUUGUUAGACUUCGAACCGCCACCUCGUGUGAAACGUGGUCUAACUUUGGUCGGGAAACUGAUGCAGAACAUUGCGAAUCAGCUGCUAUUCACCAAGGAGCCACAUAUGCGUGUUUUUGAUUCGCUGCUUCAGAAGCAUUUUGAGUCUUGUCGUCUUUUCUUUCGGGAGAUUGUCACCUCUGAUGCGAAUUACGAAAUGCCUCACUUCAACAGCUCACCGCUUCAUCACGGUCGGCCACAACAUGCAGCUGCAAGUUUUACCGAUCUUCAGGACACACAACUGGCUCCAGCAGCUCCAGUUCUACUUUCGAAUCCCUGGGUUUCUACGAAAACUGCUUCCUCGUUCAGCCCCACCAGGUCUAUUACUACCGAGUCCUCAGUUGCUGUCGGUGCGUUAGUACGAACGUUUGAUCGCCCAAACACUGGUGGUGGUGGCGGCGGCACUGUUGGGGUGACCGGAUUUAUAUCCGAUGAUCUGAUUCAUGCAGUACAUCGACUUCUGUGGGUCAAUCAAGGCAAAAUUGGAGACUAUUUGGCAAGCAGUCGCCCGAUGGCUCAGGUUAAGAAUAUAAACCGCCCCUUGUUUAAAGCGGAUGCUUAUAGGAAUCUUGUCCUUUUCGAACGAUUUCUAAUGAGUUUAGCCAGAUCAUAUUUUUCUCCGUGUCAACUCAGAGAUCGGAAGGCCGUCGGACGUCAGCCUUUCGACCGAAUGGUCACGCUGCUCGCACAUCUUGGACCCCCAGAACACAAAUCCAUGGAUUCCACAUGGAACUACAUGGAAGCGCAUUCGACCCGUUUGGAAGAUUGUGUGCUCCGCGGCUACCAGUUUCGUGACAGUGAAGAGUUCAAACGGUUGAAAUCUCUAAAUAUAUUCUACCAAGCUGGAACAAGUCGAUUCGGCAAUCCCGUAUUCUACUAUAUUGCACGUCGCUAUAAGUCUCAAGACUAUCAGCGAGUCGAAUAUCCUUUGAUCAUAUGUCUGGUAUCCGUAACCUUGGAUGCCUACAGAAGCAAGCCAUUCGAGCUGGUUGUGGAUUUUACUCAUACUUCAGUGGAAAAUCGGUUCAAGGGUUCCCGCAAACUCGUGUUUAUUGAUCACCCGACUAGGCUGAAUGACUUCAUCGAUCCCGAUCAACAAAGACUACCAGGUGGCACGUUAGCCCUUGAGGAAGAUCUCCGUGUAUUCAACAAUGCCUUGAAGCUGUCCCACAAAGACACGAAGGUGGCAAUUAAAGUGUGCACAAAUGCUAUUCAAGUUACGUCGACUGAGAAAAGCAAGGUUCUCGGACAUUCCGUCAUCUUGAAUGAUGUGUACUACGCCUCCGAGAUCGAAGAGGUGUGCCUCGUGGACGAUAAUCAGUUCACUCUCACCAUCUCUAAUGACAACGGUCCGUUGUCUUUUAUUCACGACGCUUGUGACUCCAUUGUUCAGGCAAUCAUCCACAUUCGCACACGAUGGGCCCUCUCCCAGCCGGACACGCACGCAAUGCAUACUAAAAUCAGACCACGUGAUGUCCCAGGCACACUGUUGAAUAUCGCACUACUCAAUUUGGGCAGCUCUGACCCAAGUCUUCGAUCGGCCGCUUACAACCUGCUUUGCGCUCUCACGCAAACAUUCAACCUGAAGAUAGAGGGGCAGUUGCUGGAAACCAAUGGGCUGUGCAUUCCUGGAAACAACACUCUUUUCAUUUCGGAGAUCAGCAAACGUCUGGCUCAGUUGGAACCACAUCUGACCUUAGAAUUCUUAGAUGAAUGUAUACAGGGUUUUAGUCGUUCGAGCAUCGAAAUGAAACACUUAUGCCUCGAAUAUAUCACCCCUUGGCUGCGCAACUUAACACGUUUCUGUCGUUCGGAUGACGUCAAGCAACAAAAAGUCCUAUCCAUCAUCGACAAGCUGAUCACCUUGACCAUUGAUGAAGAACAAAUGUACCCAUCGAUCCAAACGAAAAUUUGGGGUAACUUGGGACAAGUUCCGCAAUUAGUGGGACUUGUGUUGGACAGUUUCAUUCAGCGCUCAGUGAGCUGUGGUCUUGGAAGUCUGCAGGCAGAGAUUAUGGCUGACACGUCGGUCGCUUUAGCAGCGGCCAACGUGCAACUAGUGUCCAAGAAAGUUUUGUCGAAGCUCUGUCGAUUCAUUGAAAAGACCUGCUCAGCGCCUACCACACUAUUGGAACAUCAUCCACUAUGGCCUGAAAUUGCACCGAUGCUGCGUUAUUUGCUCAUGUUGUCGUUCAACAACUGUAUAGACAAUAAAACUGUUCAACAACUCCGUCAAUUACUGGCUGAGUUCACGCUGCCAAAGUUCUACGAAGUAUUUGGAAUUCAACACUGUAAAUGUGCCCCGAUCAGUGCAUUCCCUCAUUUCCGCCCCGGUGAACGAUCCGGUCUGGUUGUAAGCGGUACUGUACCUCAGCCUUUGGUUGUACCCCUGACCCACGCUUUAUCAGCUGGUGCGACGGUCAAUGCACCAACCGCACCGAGUAACCAAACAGGUCGUGGAAGCAUUAGUAGCGGAUGUAGCACCAGUACAAAUGAAUCAAACACGUCCCUACCUACGGCGGAUAAUCUGUCCAAACCUGGGGCACUGCGCACUGGAACCGCUGCUCCCUACACCACCUACGGUGCAAAUGAACUAAGAAAGAAAUCUACCGCUAGCCCGAGUAAUCUUGGGCCUCCGUCAAUAAUCCUAGUGGAUGAAGAAACAUCUGUUGAUUCAGCGAAUCGUCUUUUACAUGAGCCUUGUUCAGGCACGUCAAUGGACUCUUCACGCCACACAGCUGCUUAUUCCGCAACCCACACAGGGCCUACGGGUGGAACUAUUUUCUCGUUGCACAACCAGUCUUCUCGAGAUGGAUUCAGUUUGAUUACGGGUGAUACUCAAAUGCGGAACAAUCCAUCAAUAUCUCCACGUCUUGUUCCUUCAGAAUCCCCUCAGUUUGGUUUCUUAAAGCUGCCGACUAGCACGAGCUCCUGUAUCCACCCAUCACUCACUGCAACGCCAUACGGACUUAUCACAACCCCAGGGUCGCAGUUAGCCGCAAGCUCCGAGGGCCUGGACAGGCCCGAACGCUUGACACUCAGCUCUUUGGAAUUCCUCACGGACACGUUACUGGAAGUGAUGAGUCUCGUAAUAAAGGAAGUACCGGAAUUUACGCACUGGCUUGAGCAGUGGACCAAUUUGGCUCGAAAAUUCGCAUUUCAGAAUAAUCCGGCACUCCAACCUCGUGCUAUAAUAGUACUUGGCUGCAUCUGCAAAGGAUUUACCGACACCGAUAUCAAACAGCUGUUGCGUAUCAUGUCUCGAGCUCUGGAGUCAUACGCAAAUGAGUUGGAUAUGGAGAAAGAUCUUCGUCAUCGGACUGUUGACACCGGUCAAGCAGAACUCUAUCUGAUUGAGUCGAUCAUCAUGUGCCUGACCCGCCUAUUACCAUUGUUACCCGCUAAUUCGGCUACUCAUCUACCGCUAUUUUGGGUUGCCUUGGGAGUACUACAACUGGAUGAAGUGUCUCUCUAUGCCGCUGGUCUCGCUUUGCUGGAACAAAACCUUCUCACUCUGGACGAGCACGGGACGUUUGAACAGGACUCCUUGCAAACAGUCAUGAUGCGUUGUCGGGAGCAGUUUAUCCUACAGUACAAACAAAUGGACCACGCCGUCGGUCUGAGCUUCCGGGACAGCUUCCACUUCGCCCUUGUUGGUCAUCUUCUUAAAGGGUUCCGCCAUCCCAUACCCCAGACUGUGGCACGGACUAUCCGCGUUCUGAACACACUGCUCAGUAUUGUGGCAAAGCCUUUGAAUCGCGACAAAUACCAAGUGACGAAAGACAGUGUAGCUUAUCUGGCGGCUUUACUUCCUGUCUCUGAUGAAGUUCGGAAAAGAUGUCGUUUGAAGUUCAGGGUUCCCGGUACUUUGGCCGGGCCUGGUGAGCAUCACUCUCCGGGUCUUCAUGCCCAUGGACAGCCUAAUUCGCCCUUCGGUUCGACCGCUGUUGGCGGCCCACCACCGAAAGGCUGCACUGCAGCUACUAGCAACCUUGGUGACUGGUGUGGUUCAACCGAAAGCCUGCAUGAACUGACUAAUUCUGGUCGGCCCUGUGCACAGCGCACACCCAGUGCAGUAGGUUUGUUGCGGUCCUUGCUACCAAACCCGGUCACGAACACCGUGCUUUCCUCCCGAUUUACUCGACUACGUCAGGACAACCUGUCAAAUCUGACAUUAUCAACAAAUUUGGGCGCAGAUCGCUUUUCUUCACAUGCCGUCGACCACCAUGGACAAACUUAUCGUUCGUUUCAUGGACGACAUGUGGAAGGGCCCCGUCACGCUCUGCACCGUCAGCUGGGAUUUCAAGGGAUGCCUGAAGGUUUGCGAUCUCGCUCGAUCGAUAGUUGCCCGUCAACAACCUCAACAACGUCAGGAAUGUCAAUCCCGGAUCAAUUUAGUCCCAACAGUGGACCGUUUAUAAGUCCACCACUCCCAACGGGGACCCUGGAGCCCGAACAUUCCGCUUCGUCUCAGCAACCCGGAUCCGGACACUCAGCACAAUUAGAAAAGAAAACAGGAGACAGUGUGCUUCUGGAUCCUGAAAUCCUUACAGAAGAAGCUACACAAGCCCUUACGAUUGCUGUUCUGGCGAAUCAGAACUCAGAGGCCGCUCAGCUGUUUGUCAACUUUCUGGAAGUACUCAUCGACUCCCAUCUCCCUGGAGAAGAUUUGCGCACAUCUUACACCCCAGUUCUCGGUCUCGGAAGUACGAGUCGGGCGGGAAAUUUAUCAAGCUCUUCCUCACUCAGCCUCUCCAGUCUGCAUGGGCCUCUCGGAGCGGACCCAGUGCUGAAUAGUACAGAUGCCGAAAUUCCUGUGCCUCUCUCACCUACCUUAGUUGCCGUUCCGUGUACCGUCCCGACCGAUCGGGACGAUGCCAUAUCUCCAGAAGCGAUACCUGUUGCCCAGGUUGAACAUGUUGGCGAUUCCAGAAAAGAAGUUUGUGACUCUCCUGCUGGAACAGGAACGGUGCAUCAGCCCCCUGAAGACUACAUGUGCGACACGGGCCGUGACGGGAAGGUCCGCACGGAGGACUGUGGAGAAAUAUGGGUGGACUGGAGUUCAAACAAUACAUUCCUACGGACGGCUUUCUUUGUGUGUGAUUUUCUGCGGGAUUUUGGUGAGAAAUUCGAGCAACGUAUAUCGCAAGGACACUCAGCAAUGCUGAAUCUGAAACUGCGAUCUUCUGUCUCAGUUGCAAUCAAUGCAUCUGGAAUAUUGUUGGGUCAUCUGCGCCUGUGCUGUGAUCACGGAGAUGCAUUCUUAGUCCUGCUAAUCGUCGUAGCCAGUUCACGUCUGGUCUGCGUUUAG